UGUGUUUUUACCUUUCCAUUUUAUCAAUGCUGCCUUUCAGUAGGCCCUAUAGCUCUUGACGAAGCCGUGGUCGGAGUUCGAAAUUCGGUAAAAGGUAAUCGUCGACGUUGCGAUGGAGAAAGGUUCCACCACCGUGAACCCUUCUUCCUUCACGGUUCUUGUGUCGACUCCUUCUGGCCUUUCACCUUCACAGAUUUCCGUAGACUUCAGCGACGCCUACGACCGCAUCCCCCACUCCGACGUCAGUUUGGAAAACACGAUUUCCGAGAUAUGGGAGCAGAGGACUCUGAAGAACAAUUCACUGUUCAAUGGAAAGAAGUUUAGGUAUGGAGGCUGUCUUCUGGACGCAGGAGAUGGAUCCAACAGUGAACCACGUUUAUGCCUCCACCUGGGUUUGACGGAUUAUAGGACUUUUGUGGGGACAAAUUUAAGUCCUUCAUGGGAAAGGUUCCUGGUCCCAUCAGAAGAUGAUUCCGUUCUUUGUCAGCACACCUCCAGCCCACUAGGAAAUGGUGCAGUGGUGGAAACAAUAGACAAUAAAAUACUUGUAUUACAACGAAGUAAUAAUGUUGGUGAAUUUCCUGGACAUUUUGUUUUCCCUGGAGGCCAUCCUGAGCCUCAAGAAAUCGGUAUAACAUCUCAUCAAUAUGUCAAGGAGUUGGCAGAAUCUAUUAACAUAAAGGUUUCACAGGAGAUGUUUGAUAGCAUAGUUCGUGAAGUAGUUGAAGAAAUUGGAGUGCCAGCCUCAUCCCUUAGCAUCCCCACGUUCAUUGGUAUAUCUCGCAGGAAUUUAAAUGUAAGACCGGCUGCAUUUUUCUUUAUCAAAUGUAGUCUUGAUUCAAAGGAAGUUCAGCAGUUUUAUUCUAGCGCACAAGAUGGCUAUGAAUCGACUCAGCUAUAUGCUGUUCCAAUGGUUGAACUAGAAAACAUGACUUCUAGGAUGCCUGGCUGUCAUCGAGGUGGUUUUGCUCUCUAUAAACUGAUGGUUGACAACAGAAAGAUUACUUGAUGGAAGUUUGUAGCGCUAACAGUUUUCAAGCAUGGUGUUGCAAGUUGUACUACAUGUCUUNAAAANG